ACAAAUGAGCUGUUUCGGGUUUUUUAGGUUAUUUGCCAUUUUGCCGUUGAUAUCCCGCUUAUGCUUUAUUUGGCUUUAUUUUUAGAUUUUUUAGUGAUAUAGUUGCCUUUAUUACAGAAAUUCCUGUCCAGUACAUGAAAUCUUUAAUGAAUGUGCCUCGCGUUGUUAUAUUGAACCUACUUGUCAAAAUCCAGAACCAGUUCAGCCCACUUUUUGUACUGAAGAAUGUACACAACGUUGUUUCUGUGAGAAGGGUUACAUCAGAGAUGCAAAUACAAAAACAUGCGUGAGGAUCGAAGAUUGUCCUUCUUGUACAAGUUACUGUCCAGUAAAUGAAAUCUUUAAUGAAUGUGCCUCGCGUUGUUAUAUUGAACCUACUUGUCAAAAUCCAGAUCCAGUUCAGCCCACGAUGUGUACUGAUGAAUGUGCACAACGUUGUUUUUGUGAUGCAGGUUACAUCAGAGACGAAAAUACUCGAACAUGCGUGAGGAUCCAAGAUUGUCCUUCUUGUCCAAGUUACUGUUCAGCAAAUGAAGUCUUUAACGAAUGUGCCUCACGUUGCUAUAUUGAACCUACUUGUCAAAAUCCAAAUCCAGUUCAGCCAACCAUAUGUACUAAGGAAUGUGCACAACGUUGUUUCUGUGAUGCAGGUUACAUCAGGGACGAAAAUACUAAAACAUGCGUGAGGAUCCAAGAUUGUCCUUCUUGUCCAAGUUUAUGUGAUCCAUACACAGAAGUUUUCAACGAAUGUGCUUCAGCCUGUCAACCUGAACCCACAUGCCAAGAUCCAAACCCAACAUCAUCUCAGUUUUGUACUCUUCAAUGCGUACAAAGAUGUGAAUGUGCAUAUGGUUUUAUAAGAGAUGCUGUUACUAAGUUAUGUGUCCCUGCAUGCGAAUGCCCUGUAUGUCCAGAUGAAUGCGGUCCGAAUAAACAUAUGGGUUGUAAACCUUGCUGUCCGGAAUCUGUAGAAACAUGCCAAAACACACAUCCGAAACCAUGCAACGGUUAUUGUACAUACGAAUGUAGACCCAGUUGCGUAUGUGAUGUAGGUUUUAUAAGAAAUGAAAUUACUGAUGAAUGUGUUCCACGUCAACAAUGUCCUUCAAGUCACAAAUUUCAUUAUCACCAUUAAAAAUUAUUAAAUAAAUAAACUAACAGAAGCA